AGAUUAGGGUUAGGGUUUCAAACAUAUCUGUAAGAGGAAAAAAUGGGGAAGCAUAGAAGUCGAAGCAGAAGCCGAACACCACUGCGCAGUCGUAGGAACCGUCAUGAAGACUUUCAUCCUCGCCGUCAAUCUCCUCCUCCGUGUGGUCUCCUUGUUCGCAACGUCGCCCUUGAUACUCGGCCCGAGGACCUUAGGAUUCCUUUUGAAAAAUAUGGUCCCGUGAAGGAUGUUUACCUACCAAAGAACUACUAUACAGGGGAGCCACGAGGCUUUGCAUUUGUAAAAUUUCGCUUUCCUGAAGAUGCAGCUGAAGCAAAGGAUCGACUCAAUAAUAAAAUUGUUGGUGGACGUGAGAUACGCAUUGUUUACGCCGAGGAAAAUCGUAAAACUCCUAAAGAAAUGCGUAUGAGUACACAUAUAAGUGACAGAUAUGAACGGAGGAGGAGAAGAUCACCAUCACCAAGGCGCCGAUAUCACUCAUACUCAAGGUCACCGGCUAAAGGAAGGCGUCAUUCUAGAUCUGUUUCCAGGUCCCAUUCUCCUCGCAAUGAGAAAUACCGUAGGUCAACUGGAAGGUCCCUCAGCCAAAGGGAUCGAUCUCCUGAUGAAAGAGAAGACAGGACAAGUAGAUUCCAAAAUUCAAGAAAGACAUCGCCGGGCAAUGGGAAGGGGUACAAGUCAACUGGGAGGUCUCGUAGUUUAACAGAGAGGUCUAAUGAUGAUGACUACCGAAUGUCAAGGAGAUCUCCUAAUUCAAGGGAGAUUUCUCCUCAUCAUAGCAAACAACUCAAAUCAUCUGGUAGAUCUGUUAGUCCAAGAAAAGAUUCACCCGUCAUAAAGGAGGGCAAGGCAAAGCAGAGGGAUCCUAUUUCAAGGGAAGUUUCUUCUCCUGAUGAUGACUAUGACUAUAAGUCCAACAAGUGCUAUUCUAGUCCCAGGGAAACAGCUGUACAAUUUGACGGGAAAGUCAACUCAAGUCCCAAGAUAUCUGGUCUGGAUGAUCCAUCAUAUUCAGAUUAUGAAACGAGCCAGAGUUUGAAGCAUAGAUCUAAAAGUCCAGAGAAGAAUGGCAGCAGCCCUUUAUGGGAAGGGGACUUGGCCUCAAACAGCUUGGUGAGCUCUAAGAUGAAUGUUGUCGGUGUGUCCCCUACUCGUUAAUCAUUGUACAUGUACAGCCCCCGUUUAUAAUCAAUCAUACAGGAUGUUCUCUGCUCUCUGUUCGCUGAUCAUUCUGUACAUCUCAACGGAGACAAACUAGUGGUUAAACACUAUUUUGUGUACUACUUACUAGUGGUCAAGACUAAAGAUUUAAUAUCAAGUGUUCUACUGAAUUCGGAGUUCUUACUGCUGUUUUAGUUUUUCUUAGUUUUUUUUGUUUAUCCAGGUCUUUGGAUAAUGUUCUGUAAACAUCAUAUUUCCUGUUUGAUAUGAUAUUAGAACUUUGAACUCAACUUUUUAGUAGUUGAUUUAUUAGUGAAUGGUUUGUGUACAAAUAAUAUGUUGAAGAGGUACUCUUGUGAAAUAUUGUCUUUCGGUGAGAUGAUCUUAAAUAAGGAGCUCAUAUUCUCAUAGUGUGUAUAAA